UUAAGUCACAAGCAGGGAAAUGUACACGCAGUCCACCCCGAGAUAACGUUAGUAGAUGUUGGUUCAAAACAUUGUCCAAAACUCCAGAUUCAGACACAAACGCCAAAUCGACAGACCGAAGUUGACGAUGCAGAGAACCAGAGGAGGAAGGGUACGGCUAACAAACUCUUCUUGGGAUCAUCUUUGCUCUGCUAGCUACAUGGAUCUUGCACGUCCAUUUAGUUCCGGCUGUGCUGAAACGCACCAGUUUGGCCUGAGAGUGAUCGUGAAAGAAGAGGAUAUAAAAGAGGAGGAAUAUGAUCACAUGAUUACAUGUCCAGAUGAAGAAGAAAAGCCCUUUGUAGAGUUUCACUGUAAAACUGAAACAGACGACACAGACUCACUAAGGUUUUCUUACAAUGAAAUGCUACAGACAAUAGUGAAGGAAGAAGAGGUGAAGAAAGAAGAAGUGAAGAAAGAGGAGGAAGAAGAGGAGGAGGAGGAGAAGGAAGAAGAGGAGGUGCAGCAUGACGAGCCCGGCUGUCUGCUGGAAAGUGUAUCAGAACACCCACAUACCACACGACAGAAGAUCCACGGACAGAAUGAUGACCUCAGCCUGCAACUCAAAGGAAGGCUGCACCACUGCACCGUCUGCAGGAAGAGCUUCACAGCCCUGAGAGAAGCCGAGAAGCAUCGGCAGACACACACUUUCGGCAGAACAGAGCUGAGCACGGACAAAAAGACUCACGACUCUGGAGAGACAUGUUCAGCGUCCACUUCUCGACCUACAAGCCUGACACGGGACAUGCCAGCACACACUGGGGACAAGCGGCCUCACGAAUGUGUCCAGUGUGGAAAAACCUUUAGAAGGUUAGAAAGUCUUCGACGUCAUCAUAUGUUAAUUUACGUGAGAAAGAAGCCCCAUACAUGUGAUCAGUGUGGGAAAGGGUUUAUAGAACGCUCGGAUUUGAAGGCCCACAUGCUGGUAGGCCUUCACACGGGGGAGAAGCCUCACAAAUGUGUCCAGUGUGGAAAAGCUUUUGACAGGUCUACAGAUCUCAAACGCCACAUGCUCAUACACACUGGAGAGAAGCCUCAUAAAUGUGUCCAGUGUGCGAGAGCCUUUUUACGAUUUUCAAGCCUUACAUGUCACAUGCUAACACACACUCGACAGAAACAGCCUCAUAAAUGUGUCCAUUGUAGAAAAGAGUUUUUGCAAAUUUCAGCUCUUAAAACCCACAUGAAAAUGCACACUGCAGAGCAGCUAUAUACAUGUGUCCAGUGUGGAAAAUCUUUUAGAAGGCUGGCAAAUCUUCAACAAAUGGCAGAUGCUGCUGUUACACUGGACAUUGACUUCAUGAACGUUCUCUGUGCACAAUCGCAGAGACUUUCUAAUGGGGAGACACAGCACUCAAAAGACCCUCCAAAGGCCAAAAGGUGUUGGGUUGGAUCGUGA